UAGUGAGCCAACAAACGAACGAACGAGAGUGAGUGUGAGCGAGAGAACGAGUAAGUACACGAGCCGUGCGAGCGUGCGAAUGCACUGCUGCUGUGUGCCAUAGUGCAACGCCAUUUUCUGUGCCCGCGGGUAAAGUUUCGGUUCGCGUUUGUUGGUCGUGUGAUCGGUUUGUUUGCGGCUGUCGCAACGUUGGGCGACGUCGCCCACGUUGAUCGCCGCUACGUUUUUUGGCGAAAACCUCGUUGUUCUCCUUCUCCACCGCUUCUUCCGCCUCGCUACUGCUAGGCUUCACGCCCGGGAUAUGUGCGGACACGCGAUGGAUGGUCGUACGACGGAUACGAUGGCAUCGAGAGAACGGUGAGUGAGUUACCGGGAGGAGGAGGAGCCAGGAACGAGCAGCCGGCAAGCCGAAGAUGCCGCUUCCGAAGCGACUGGUGGAACCCGUGCACGUAGCGCGCGGUACUAUCCCCGAGGAAUUUCCACUGCCGUCGGAGCUCGAAGCAGCCACCAACGGCACUCUAGCCAACACUAUCAGACAGCUAUCUAGUCUGUCGAGGCACGCCGAGGAUCUGUUCGGCGAGUUGGCGAGGGAGGCACACGGAUUGAGCGAUCGUGCCAACUCCCUGCAAGCUAGGAUAGAUCGCUUGGCCGUCAAAGUCACCCAACUGGACAGUAAUGUCGAGGAAGUUUCGUUACAAGAUAUACACAUGAGAAAAGCUUUCAAGAGCUCAGUGGUAUUCGACCAACAAGUCGUCUCCAGAGACACUAUGCCGACAGCGAUGCUGGAGACGUAUCACCAGUGCGACACGCCGCCGCCUCUAGACAAGCUUAAUAUUUACAGAGAGGACGGCAAGGAUGGCUUGAAAUUUUAUACCGAUCCGAAUUACUUCUUCGAUCUGUGGAGUCAGGAGAUGCUCAAGGACACGGAGAAGAAGCUGCACGAUCGAGGGAAGAAGCCGCACAGGCCUCGGAACGAGGGUGGUGGCGGAGGUGGAGGCCGACACAAGAAGCGUGUGAGGCAGCCGCAUAACACGAGGGAACGGCAACGACAACUGGCCGUUGGCCAUGGCGAGUAUAUUAUGCCGACGCAAGCGGUGCAGUACAGGACGCCGCACAACGUGCAGCCCGAUGACGGACUAUUGGGCAUGGUGAUGACGGAAUCCAGACCGCCCAGGCCCAAUAGCAUCGAGCUGCGACGAAGCUAUCCGCCGGAGGAGCAGCACCUCUACAGUCCGCCGUCUUCCGAUCACUACAGGGCAAACUACGUGGCUCAAGGCUACGACGACAAUCCGUACGGCUCGCACUACAUCCCGGGCCAGGCGCCGGCUGGCGAGAUGUAUCAGAGUCCGGGCGGUCAAAGCACUCCGAGUCGUGGCGGUAGAUCGCGACCGUCGCAGCCGCCGCCGGCACCACCGAGCAACGCUUCCAGCAAUUCCACGCCCACGGUGGCCUCCGCGAACAACACUCCCACUAGGGGAAGAUCCAUGAGCACCGGCAGGGAUACUUUGCCACCGCCACCCCCGCCGCCAGGAGAAACCAUGUCUCCUCCUUCCAUGAAUGGUUCCAUACCUUCACACUUGCUAAACAGGAGCGGAAGUCGGUCGGAUAGUCCUCUACCAAGUCAGCGCUCGACACCGACGCCACCGAACCAUACGGGUCAACUGGGUGCGGAUGAGACGGACCCGGCUGUAGCCCAGGAUCUUCCGCCACCUCCACCCACUCCAGAUCCAACCCCACCGAGACCCAUCUCGCCUCCGUGCAACAUCCCACCACCACCACCGCCUCCACCUCCACCGCCAGUCCUGAAUGGGCCUACGGCGCCGCUACCGCUGACGAACGGCGACAUUGCGAAGAUGAUCGCGACCAAUCCGCCGAAGCUGAAGCCUCUCAAGAGCAUUGUAGACGGUCAGCUGAGGAAGCCUGUCAACCCGAAUAUUCCGCUGGUUGACCCACGAAACGACUUGCUCAAAGCGAUUCGCGACGGAAUAAAGUUGCGCAAGGUGGAGAAAAUCGAACAGAAGGAGGUGGAACGCGUGAACGCACUCAACGACGUCGCGUCUAUUCUGGCGCGUCGCGUCGCUGUCGAAUUCAGCGACAGCGAUUCUGCGUCGGAGAGUGAGUGCGACAGCGAGGGCUGGGGCGAGCAAGAGAGCAAUCUGGCGUGACCCAACUCUCUGCUAUCCGCUGCCGCCACUGCCUCGUAGGAAAAAACGGCUUACGAUUCUCUCGCUUGGACGCUCGGACGCCGAUUCGAAUGUUCGCCGGCGCUAUAGCGAGCCAAUCUGUUCGUUUUGUGUCUCCGUGGCCGAUAUCUCAUUUUCGAGGAUCUGUUCGAGAUGUUCGUGCGCUUUAAUCUUCAUAUAUUUCGUGUUCGGAUAAUUUCUGGAACUGGACCGAAGUAAGUCUCCAAUUAUUUAUAAGAAUACGAUUCUGUACGAUUCUCCCAACGAAGAUUAUUUGCCACGGAGGAUAUGUUGCAAGAAUCUUAUGGUUUAAUUUAUUAUUGAACAAAAUUUACAUUUCUGUGUUUACGUUUGCUCCUUUCAUCGCAUUGUUAAUGCGAGAAAAAUUGAAGAGACAUCGAGAUAUUCUUAUUACAAUUAGUUUAUUAAUCUUCUGCAUUGAGAAAUGCGUUUUAUAAAAACGCAAAAAAUAUUUUCUUACGUACAAAAACGGAAAAAUAUCUAAGAAGAAUUCGUGAAAUCAAUUUUCUGCGUUCUAACGAUUUUGUGGAAUUAUCACCUAUGACAUUGUUUAUUUAAGUCUCGCGAGUCAAUCUGUAAUAUUGAAUUGGCUGGUCAGCCAAUUAGUCGACAAAGCAAUAGUACCGUUUAGUUUAAUCACUCUCGCAAAUUGUGGCCAAUUUGAUUGCGACUUUCGCGUAACUUUUGCCACGAUGAAUCGCGGUGUCGAGAGUGCAGCGAAUGGCAAUUCAUGAAUUUGCAAGGGCACACAACGCGAGGUUCACGCACUAAGUUAAUAGUCUAAUUUAUAGAUGCUGUUGGUUCAAGUUAUAAAUUCCG